CCAAGAAGACUCCAAAAGCACAACAACGCAGCAGACCAAUAGAAACCCGAAGCUGCUUCAAAACCCGCAUGUUAACUUACUAAAUAGUGUGUCAAAGCUGAAGGUGGCGUACUAUUUUGAAAUACUAUGUAGUACGGUAGUAUGUUUUUGGGACGUAGCCCAGCAUUCUCCUCUCACUCCGAGAUGUGAGGGAAUCGAGGAGGGCUGCUGAGGAAGAACCGAGGCGACAGAAAGUAGGUUCCCUAGGUUAAGUGCAUGAAAAUGUUGCCGCUGAUCGGGGAAAUGUUGGACAAACUGCUCUUUAAAUUCUGUAGGAAACGUUCAUUUAAGGUGCAGUUUUUCUGCUGAUUCAUAAUCACCUGAGUUUCAAUGCGAUGGAAUACAAUAGUUUACAGCACGGAGAAUUUGACAGAAGGUCCGGCAUGUCCCUGGAUGUGGAUGUUAAAAGGACCAAUGUGAACGCGUAGCCCUGGUUUACUUGGGCAAUGAAUUUCGGCUGAAAACAAAGUGGACCUGCAGAACUAACUUUAGCUGUACCGACAUGAGUGUGUGCUGGCUGUCCAACACUAAACGGAAAACUCUGUGCCAUGCUGGUAUAUAACGAAAUGUUAGUGAAACUAACAGCAGGAUUGGGAGUAUUGAUGGGUGAGUCGCUGAGGAAUCGAUUCUUUUGAGGGCAUCACUGCGGACUCACGACUGAAUCGAAGGUUGGAGCGAAAAAAAAAAAGUUUUUUUCUUUUCUUCUUCUUAUUUUUUUAACCACAAUAAUUUUUGUUUGACUUGUUGAACGCUGAACUGCCAGGUUGCCAAAGCGGUUACACAUUAUAGCAAUACACCAGACUGUAAACUGUCAAUGUGCUGUUGGCUCUGAGUCAGACUGUUAUCACGUAAAAAGGAAGGCUAUUCUCAUAAUAUAACAUAAAAGACUGUUAAAUGGACAAAUACAGACCUGUGCAUGUAUGUUGGGUCAAAAUUGUAGGUAAGAUUUCGGAUUGUGCUCAAGCUUCGAUUUACGUUAAGUGGUUUGCCCUAAAGAGUCGAAUCAGUAAAGUGAGUCAGUGAGUCAGAAUGCCCAUCAAUACAUGUGGGGCAAUAUCCAUCCUCCCAUUAUGGAUUUGGACUGCCGGUUUAACGCUGGUGUGUUUUGACGCCUUGGUCGGUGCGUCCCCAGCUCACGGUCACCGUCUGAUCUGCUGGCAGGCCAUUAUGAAAUGCCAAUCAGAACCAGAGUGCCAUUACGCUUACAGGCAGUACAUGCGCGCGUGCGGACCCGUGAUUAACGGACACAAGAAGUGCCCGAGCCACUGCGUCUCAUCCAUCGUGCAGCUCAAUCUGACUGUCAACGGCCCAGGUCUUGAGCACUGCGAGUGCGCUGCAGACACGGUGUGCGUAAGCGCCAAGCGCGCCAUUGAGCCAUGCAUGCCGCGGAUCAGCCGCACGGGCUGCACAGAAGCGCGUCGCGCGUGCGAGGGCGACACGGACUGCAGCGCGGCCAUGCGUGAUUACCUGUUCCACUGCCGCGAGCUCUUCGGCGGAGAACGCUGCUCGGAUGAAUGUCGGCGAGUUAUCGAGCGCAUGCGCUCCGUGCCCAAGGCGCGCCUAUUGGACACGUGCGAGUGCGACGGCGCCGAGAGGACCAUCUGUGAGCACGUUAAGAUCAGCAUGAUGAGCUUGUGCUCUGACGCGUCUGACCACCGGGACGCGGGCAGCGGCUUUUCGGACGACGAGGAAGAGCUCGAGAGUGACUAUGACACGGAGGAGUAUGACGAAGAAGACAGCGCGGGUGGAGUGUCCAGGGCGCACACAGGGUUGAUAAUGACCUCCACCAUCCCAGAUAGCAACAGGGUUUGGGCCAAAUCUGGCUUACAUCCGGCUCUUCUGGCUUGGUUCUGGCAUUGCGUUUUUCACAGUCUUGUGUGAAACAGCAUUAAGCUGAAUUCCAGCGUGAGUCUGGCCAACCAAAAGAAACAAAAAAACAGACGGUAUAUGUUUGGCUGAACGCUGGCUGAAGUUUGG